CUCGAGGUAUGUAUUGACUGUCUGACUGCCCGGUCUCGAAAAUAGCGUGCGGAUGGUGUUUAAAGAGAUGUUGUUAAGUCUCACUGUGGAACUCAGUGCCCUUUAACGCGGGACGGAAAGUGUGUUUGCCCUCAAACGAGCAUACAAACAUUGUGUGGAAAACAAUCAAGACAAUCUUUUCAAUCUGUUAGAAACUUAAGGAAGAUCGGAACCGCUGAUAUGUUGUAACGACCCAAGUGCAGUGUUUAUUUUGCAGAAGAACUGAAACUUCCUUCUCAGAGACGCACUAGCGAAAUGGCGACCGCUUCUGCCACAGCUACUCAAGCGCUCCGUUCAACAGAUGAAAAAGAGAAUUAUCAGCGUCUUUUCCGGCUGAUUAUUCGUGCUGGUACCGAGUUAUUCCGAGCACUGUUAGACGUCUAUUAUCCACCAAGUAGUCUUGGAAACAAACUGAGUGAGUCCGGUACCAGGCGAAAGUUAUGCAACGCUCUCCUCAAGCCUCAACGUGAUCUUGUUUAUCCACCAUCAGGAUUGUGUGGAGAAUCGAGAAACUUUGACAUAAGCCUUCUUUCUACACUUUUAAAAAUUCUUUGUCAGACACAACUACCUCCUUUGCCCAGUGGAUGGGAUAGUCCCCCAAGUAAACGUGAUUUAAGCUUGACUGCGGACAUCGUCAGAAUUAAGUUCUACCGCAAUGAUAUUAUCCACAAGUUUCACCGAGCAGAGUUGAGUAAUGCAGAAUUUUGUUCCCUUUGGGAUGAAAUCAAAAUGUCCCUCCUACGUAUUGCUUCCUUUAUCAGCGCAGAAGCAAGCCAUGAAUGGGAAGAAGCAAUCGAAAGGUUGCGGCAUGAUCCCUUAACUCCAGAGGCUGAAAGGAAUGCCGAGGAACUACAGAAAUGGUAUCACAAGGACAUGGACACAAAAGAAUAUCUAGAUGCAGGAUUAGCUCGAGUGGAGAGGCAAGUUCAAAGUUCCUGUGACAGAUUAGAAAGAAAAAUCCAAGACCAGACGAAUGAAUUUGAACAGCUUCGUGAAGUGGUGACGAGUCGGGCUAACCCUUCAUUGGCGGGAGCUUCUAUCCGUAUUAUCAUCGAUGUCAGAGCCACGACAAGUCGCAGCUCUCCGGAGGAGCCUCCGGCGAUGAUGGUGUCCUUUCAUGUACCGCCAACUGCUUCAGCUGACGAACCUCCUGCGACUGCGACAAGCACAAUUGUUCCGCAGCUCAUACAAAGAAUAGUCUCGGAAUUAUCUCGACAUUUUGAUCCGUCAGUAAAUGAGGAAAACCAAUUUGUUCAACAUCUCGAAGAUGUUAACCAAGUCCCUAUUGUAAAUGUCAACCGCGGUAGUUUGGUACUGACAGUCAAGUGCACCUCAUUGGAAAUUCUAGAACGACUCUGGCAAGAUUACUCGAGUGGUCAUCUCGGUGAAGUUGCUCAAGAAUUCCUCGUGACUGAGAGAAUGCUGGAGGAUCUUGGACUCGUUGAAGUAAAACUCAAAAUCACUAUUUUGGAGGAAGAUUACCGAGAAUGUCGGAGGCACUUUACCAAAUGUGCAGGUUCUGAUUACCUUGACGAAAGAGAAGCAGAACAAAAAGAAGUUUGCAGGGAAGAGGAAUACAUACCCUCUCCGCAUCCCACAGACUUCCGUAGCGGUAUGUCUUUUCUACCAAGUCCUAUUAGACAUUUCGUCAGCCGAAAGAGAGAACUCAGCGAGAUAAAACAGUCCUUUUGUAAGGACGAGCCAGAGAACGACUGUAGAUGCACCCUAUUACUUGGGCCUGUCGGUAUGGGGAAAACGUCAACUGCAAUCAAGGCUGCAUUCGAGAUACUAAAUGCCAAUUUCGAUAUCGUAGCUGCGUACGUAAACUGCAGGUUUGUGACCUCCCUUGAUGACCUUGCCGGAAAAAUUGUCAAACAGCUGUACCACUUCCCUUUGAGCGAGCCGCCAAUUGGUAAGAUCAGAAGUCUUCUCAUUGAAGAGGAGAAGUUCCACUCUCUACUGCUGCUCGAUAACUUGGAAUUCUUAACUCCGUUGGACAAGGAAAGAACCAUGGGGGUACAAGUUGAAAGAAAAUUUCCAUCUGAAAACACAGAGAUCAUGAAGUUCGUCAGAGAUAUCGCGGCAAAGUCAAAAAGAGCACAUCUGCUGGUGACCUCAACGAAGAAUGUCGAUAUCCUUCAGGCUGGUCAACGGUGCAUAAGGUUGCUUCCUUUCAAUGAAGAUGAUUCAUUUCAGUUGUUGAAGAAGAUCUAUGGUGACACCCCUCUGCAAGAAGAAACUGCCCGCAAAAUAGCCCAUUGUUGUGGCGGUAUUCCAUUCGUCCUGUUUGCCUUGGCCGCGUGGCAGGAUAACCCAUCAGAUCUUCUGGAAAUGCUGACGAAUCUAAAUCGUAAAGAAAAGUUUGCCAGAAUUUCAGAUGCAACUGAAGAUGAGAAGAUAGACGUUUGCAUCGACGUUUGCUUCAACAGACUAAAUACACACCACCAAAAUACCCUUGUGUCUCUAACAGUAUUCAGAGGUCUCUUCACCAUUUCAAGAGCUUCAAGAAUCCUUAAGUCUGCUGAGUUAAGGGGUGCGAUAGAAGAAUUGGCAAGGAAGUCGUUCCUGGAACAGCACAUGUCCAACUCCUAUCAUUACAGUAUCCUCACAGUAUACAGCCUCUACUGCCAGAACAAGAUAAAAGAAGCACGUUUCCGUGAAGUGUUUUCCGAAGCUCGAAAGAUGUUCAUCAAUUACGUUCUUGCUUUCCUUGAAGAAACCUUCAAGAGCUUCCUGAGCACUGAUGUCUCAAACGCUAUCGUGGCAUACCGACACGAAGACGAAACUAUUAUGCAGCUCAUCGAUUGGUUAGGCGAAAAUGGUGCCAUGGGGGAAGAUCAAGAGAAGAGGUGCAUCGAUGUCUUCAAUAAGGUGGGAGAACUGCUUGCCAAAAUGAUGGGAAAGAAAACAUUUGACCGUGCCUUCACAUCAGUAAAAGAUAAGUGCAAAGAAAGUAAAGAUCAAAAGAGAUUGAGUGAAUGUCUCACUUCUCUGGGAAUCAGGGAAGUGUUCAGCUGUUGCUGUUCUCCAGACCUGUGCGAUGAAGCAGCUGGACGAGCCAAGCCGUAUCUGUUGGAGGCCGAUAGAAUCCAGAGUGACCUUGGUAUCACCACUGGUAACAGUCGAGCUCAAUGUCUCGCCAAACUUGGUCGGUGUCUGGUAAAGGAACACAGCUUCACUGAAGGAAAAGAAAAGAUUCAACAGGCGAUCGAAAUGCGAAAGGCACGUGGGGAAGCAGACAUUGUUAUGCAAGGCGCAACAUACAAUGACCUAGCAGUGGCUCUCUCCCUUGAGGGAAACCAUGAAGAAUCCAUUAAGGUGAGAGAAAAGGAGACGUUGGAAAUUUACAGAAAACACUUAGGAGACCGGCAUCCCUUUACAGCAACCAUCCUAAACAAUCUGUCCAACAACUACUCUGCCCUUGGUGAGAACGACAUCGCCAAAAAAUAUUCAGAGGAAGCACUGAAGAUUCGUCGUGAGCUGCUGAAAGACCAUUACGACACCGCUAAGUCUUUGUUUGACCUUGGGAUGGUUUACAAAAGGAAGGAAGAAUUCAAGGAUGCAAAAGCUUGCUUGGAAGAGUGUCAAAAAAUGCAAAGGGUUCUGGAUGACCCUACCAUGAUCGAAGAGCUUAUAAGAACCAUAAAUGAAUUGGAACGCAUGCCCAGAGAAGAAAAAGAAUAACUCACAAGAUCAGUUGAUGUUGGUGUUUCAGGAAAGUCAACUUAAAAUAUCUUUUAUGCAGUAAACGUAAGGGUGACACAGAAAACUAUUUUAAAGUAACUUGUAACUCUGGGUUCUACUUUUGAUUAGGUAGUUAGAUUUUCGGAUGAGCUUAUUUUACACUAGUGAUCAAUCGUAUGCAGCAAGUCUGAAGGGUUUCACAGGCAUUGAUCAUGAUUUCGCCACUAAGUUUAACUGUGAAAAAGACGAGAUUAUCCUUCUCCUUCAAACUACUUGCUUUGGGCUCGAUGAUGAAAUUUCCGUUUUGCUGUACCUUUCUAUGUGAGUCACGCGUACUGUAACCGUUAUUCAGCCUUGCUGUAAACUGUUUCGUGGUAAGCAUGCACAUUUGCUUUUCUACAAAAUUAGUGCUUUAAAGUAAACAGAGUUAAAUUAAUGUUUUGUGAUCGCAUGGAAGCAAUCCCUGCAAUUCAAACCUAACUUUCCGUAUCUGUGAGCUU